AUGGUUCAUUCGACUAUCAAAACGGUACUACUCGUUUUGUUAGUAAAUACAUUUCUCCUUGGCUUUGCCCCAUUUUCGAUCAAUCUCUUUACAUUGGGUAACACGUGUGGCGACGGCGUCAUCAACUGGCUUGACGAAGAAUGUGACUCGACGGAUCAUUGUGAGAACUGGUGUUCUGGUGGGUGUCUUUCCCCGGACGAGUGUGCGUUAUGUACACCCCCGGAGUAUUCCUGGGAUUGUCAUAGAUGUGGAGAAGGGUAUUAUAUGGAAGGUUUUAUGCAUUGUGUUGCCUACAACGAAACUCAAAUAGAAAGUUGUUCAUCGUAUACAAUGAAAAAGACUUUAGUGAUCACUUUAAAUAAUAACACGGCACAAAAUACGAAUUAUAACGUAGCCCAAGACGACUUUGUAUUGAGCGAGGAGAUGUGUGGGCAUGUCUUUGACCCCUCUGCGCCGUAUGCCAAAAGUGUGUGGUUUCGUGUUGAUGUUGAGGACGAGGGGUAUUAUGCGUUUGAAGUGGAUCAAAUCUACACGCAGAAUGUGAUCGACUUUGUGACAGCUCAGGGGAUAUUCACUGGCUUUGAUUCCGUCCUUUCCCUCUACACGUCGUGUUCGUCGGACUUUAAUGAAAACACGUCGACCGAUUGUCUAGCGAGUAACGACGAUUUGAAUGAAGUGAUCCUCUCCGCCUCUUUAAUUGGAUUUUUACACAAACGGCGGUAUUACUUGCAACUGUUUGGGUAUUACGGGAUGGUGCCGACAAGCAAUGUAGUCCUUUUCACACGAAAGAUCGUUCACUGCUGCUCGGAACAAUACACAGAACUGUACUGGAACGAUAUCACAGUAACUCCUUAUAUCACUAAAAUCAAUUUGAAGAACGGAAUCUUCAGCAAAUCCAGCUGUAGACCUAAAACAGCGUUGGGGUGGUGGUUUCUGUUGCGCGGGGCGGACCGGUCGGUGCUGAUCUCGACGUGCGACAACAACGACGCAGACACUGAAAUUCAUAUCAUCAAAACGCCGUUGAAACAGUUUGAGAUGAAUGGGAACAACCUCUCCUGUGACAUUGAAACGUGCGAGAUGUACAGUUACAGCGGCUGCGGGAAAAGCGCGAAAACCCUUGCGAAAUUGAGUGCGGAGUUCGACUACUUCAUUUUCAUAUCGAGCCCACAAGCACAGCCGUUGUCAAUUGCGUGGAGUAUAGUUUGUCCAUUUUCUUGUUUAAAUGGGUUUUGUUCGGUCGCAUUGGAGGGAUGUGUGUGCAACGAGACGUAUGUGAAGCACAACGAGAUUUGCACCAAAUGUGGCAAUGGGAUGGUAGACAGUGGGGAAGAGUGUGAUGUGUCGUAUGAAGGGAUGGUAUCGGACAACUGCUCGCCGGAGACGUGUAUGUGUUACUAUGGAUAUUACCCGAAAGUAGUUGGGGAGUAUAGUGGGUGUGCUCUUCCGACGUGUGGGAACAAUGCGAUAGAUGAGUAUGAAGAAUGCGAUGAUGGUGUAGGUUGUGUGUUGUGCCAGUGUAAGACUGGAUAUCUGCCAUACGAAACUCCACGAAGAAAUUGUUUGAGUGAAAGAUGUGGGAAUGGGAAAUUAGAUGAAGGAGAAGAAUGUGAUGGGAAUAGUAAUGGGUGUUAUGAGUGUGAGUGUCAGUCUGGCUUUUAUAGUGACAUGAAUGGUGGGUGUAUUGACAGUGUCAAGAAACGGCGAACGAUGUAUUUAUUAAUUUCUGGAGGGCUUUUUUAUGUCAUAGUGUAUAUAGUCCUGUUGGUAUGUUGUAUAUGUAAGUACAUCAUCUUGUGCAAAGAAAUCAACUUUGAGCAACAAGAGGCGAACAUGAUGGAGAUGAACAACAUCAAAUUUGACAAAAGAGGAUGUUUUCUUGUUAAUCUCCCCAACGAGUAUUUUGGGAUCUCUCCAAAGGAAUUUCACUUCACCGACGACAAAAGUCGGCCUGAGGUUGGGCAGGUGACUGAAAUGAAAUGUCAAAUCGUCAAUUUUUCGGAGUCCUCGUUGAAAUUCAUCUUUUAUGGAAUUACUCAACAGAAGUACCAAAUCAGUUUCAGCCCGUCGAGAGGAACUGUCAAGAAGAGAGAACACCUUGAGAUCAAAGUCCAAAUCCGCGUCGAGUGUACAACAACAAUCCACGAGACGAUUAACGUCACGGUGAAAUUUCCGUCAAUGCGAAAAGUGAUCAAGGCAAUGCAAAACGACACACCAACACAAGUGGUGAAGGGGCUCAAAGACAAAAAAAGUGUGCGGCGCUCCGACUUUCGGGAGUCGAUCUCAAGUUACUCUGCAAACUCCAAUGAGAGCGACGAAAUGGACCGCCCAGAAAAAUGCGACAAGUUAUGGGUGACACUGCAAUUGGAGGCGCAAAGUAAAUUAUCAACAAGACUCGACUGGGACGAAAUGGUGUUGAGUCAACCCCCCAUCGGACAAGGCACGUUUGGGAUUGUCUACAAAGCACGGUGGAGACGUCAAGACGUGGCAGUGAAAAUGGUCAAAACCGACCAAAACUCGGCGGAGAAAUUACGACCAGCUUUCCAAGAGGAGGUGGCUUUAUUCGAGCGGUUGCGUUCGCCUAACAUUGUCUCCUUCAUCGGGUCAUGUGUUGCCGAAGACUCGAUUUCGUUGGUCAUAGAAUUCUGUCCAUUGGGGUCGUUGAAGAAAUUUUUGAAGGAAAACUUUGCCUCCAAUUUACUUAAAUUGCGAUUUUGUUUGGACGUUGCGAAGGGGAUGCUCUACUUACAUUCAAACAACGUGAUCCACAGAGACUUGAAACCCGACAAUUGUUUGGUUGUAUCAAAUAACGUGAACGACGAAGUUGUAGCCAAAGUGUCUGACUUCGGGACGUCUCUCAGUUGCAUCGAGUCGUCACACCGCCGCGCCUCACGAGAUGUUGGGACACCAAUUUACAUGGCGCCUGAGAUUUUCCGAGGGGGAGUGCUGCGCAACAAGUCGGAUGUUUAUUCCUACGCUAUAACAAUAUUGGAGAUCUGGAUAGGAAAGUGUCCGUAUAACCCUUUGCAGUUUCCUGACAACGAAUCGAUAUUGGAAUUUGUAUGUUCAGGCCAACGACUUGAGAUACCAACUAAUUGUCCAUACGGAAAAACAAUCCGGAAGUGCUGGAGGAAGAAAGAGACAAAGCGGCCAACAUUCAAAGAGAUCGAGGACGUCUUCUCCGUUCUCGUCAACGACGAAAGGAAGACAAGCUCUGAUCGGCAAAGCGACAAAACUCGAAACGAAUAUGAUUACACAGACUACCCAGCAGAAUCAGAGAUGUGCAAAUCCUCUGGGAUCUUUUCAGACAUCAGGAAGGUCAGCAUCGACCCGCGCUCAAAGUCGUUUCUGUAA